AUGCUUAACAGAUGCGGUAUAUUCUUAUAAAUUCAAAACAAUAAAGUUGAAUAGAUAAUUGGAAAAAAUGAUGUAAACUGUAAAUUUGAAGCACAUCUGGGAAUAAGUAAUCAAAUAUGUUAAAUAUUAUAGUUCCAAAUAUAUUUAAAAUGAAAAUUUCAGUUUUUUUGUUAAUUUAAAUAUAUUCCAUUUUAUUAAAUUCCUUUUUCAGUACAAAUUAUUUGAUAUAUAAUACAGUAUGUGGAAUUUUAAAUUGUUGAUUGGAAUAUUAUAUUAAAUAUUAUCAAUUGCUGAUUUGAAUAUACUAGGAUUAUUAUAACAGUUUUAUAAACCAAAAAUCUGUUAAAUAUAAUUUCGAAUAGAAUGUACGACUAUACAAAAUAUAUUCAUAUAUAUUUAUAAAAAUAUACUAUAUAUAUAUUCAAAAUUGAUUUCCAUUAAUCAUUAAACAUAAAAUAAAACAAAAUUGUUUUUCUUGUAUAUUUCAAACAUUUAGCAUUGAUAAAAUGAUAAACUUUUAACUUUUGGGUUUUUCCAUUGUUGUAUUCAUAUUGUGCAAACAAGUUAUUAUCUCAUUGCGAAGAAAUACAUAAUUGCUGACGGGAAAACCAGCUUGACAAUUCCAAGUAUUGAUAAUUGCAAAAUUAUAUAAUGAAAUGAGACAUACAAUUAUGUAAUAGUUUAUCUUGUACUAUAAAAUUACUUCUUACUUCUUACAUAUCUAAUGUAAACAUUGCAAAUGUUUUGACAUUAAUGUACUAUUGUACGUUUAGUAUGAGGAGUAAAAAUUUAUUUAUUUAAUAAUCAUAUUAUUUUGUAUCUUAAUUUGCGUUUCCUUUAAUUUUACAGAGAUUUCAAAAAUGGAUUGGCAAUGGUUUCAUAUUGUUUUUCUAUCUUGUAUAAUACUAAAUGUUACUGCAGAAUCGUAUGUAUUUGUACACACAUACACACACACAUUACUUUAUUAAACAUUAAAUUAAAAUAAUAAAUAUGACGAAUAUAUCUUAAAUAUUGCAUUAAAUACUUUAAUAAUCGAAUAUUUUAAUAUAUUUUUCAAGAUACUACAGCGUAAUAGCUCCAAAAGUAAUACGACCAGAUUCGGAAUAUCACGUAGCUGUAAGUGUAAAUGGUAUAUCAACACCAUCGACGGUAUAUAUUGAACUAAAAGGAUCGUUCGACAGUAAUUCGAGGAUAAAAGAAUUAUUCAAUGUAUCUCAAGUUAUACAAGUACAGCCGUACAGUACAAGAAUUCUACGAUUUGAAAUUGGCGAUAUUAUUCCUGGUGCAUAUGAAUUAAUUGCACGUGGUUUGUCAGGAAUAGAAUUUUCACAGUCAAAGUCGAUCAGGUUUAUUCCUAAAAGUUAUUCAGUCUUCAUUCAGACUGACAGAGCGAUUUACAAACCAGGAAAUAAAGUUAUGUUUCGAUGUAUUUUGUUGAAUUCCAGACUUAGGCCUACACUUGAAAGAUUAGUAAAUGUCUAUGUCACGGAUGGAAAAGGAAAUAGAAUUAAACAAUGGGAUCGUCCACCCGUGACUCACGGGAUUUUUAGCGGGGAAAUCGAACUGUCGGAAUAUCCAGUUUUAGGUACUUGGAAAAUUACAGUAAAUGUUGGCGAUCAGACGUUCGAAAAAAACUUUGAAGUUGCCGAAUAUGUGUUACCUAAUUUUGAAGUGACAAUUGAUACUCCCAAACAUUCUACAUUUAAAGAAUCAAAAAUCACUGCAACGAUCUAUGCCAAGUAUACUUAUGGCAAGGCGGUGAAAGGAGAAGCAACUGUUACAGCUUAUCCUGAUAUAUUUUCCGGUGUUAUACAACCAAUAUACCAACAGCCUAUAAGAAAAGUGAUUCCUAUUGAUGGGAAAGUGAUUGUUGAUUUUGACAUUCACGACGAACUGAAGCUCACCGAUGAAUACGAAAGACCAGUCAUGCUUGAUGUUACGGUAGAGGAAUCUUUAACUGGUAGAAGACAGAAUACUUCUGCACAUGUAACGUUACAUAAACAUAAAUACACAAUGGAUUUGAUAAAAACGUCGGAAUACUACAAACCAGGAUUAAAAUAUACAGCAUACAUAAAAUUAACAUACCAUGAUGGAACACCGGUGAGAGACAAUAAAAAUUUUGUUACAGUAAAAUAUGGAUAUACUUACGUUAUUGAUAAUCAAUCUACAUAUAGAAAUAUUACUGACAUGUUAGACGAAAAUGGAAUGGUAGAAUUGAACUUUUAUCCACCAAAAACUAACGACAAUAUGUCAUAUCCUUUAAACAUUCAGGCUCAAUAUUUAAAUCUUUAUGAAUGGUUUCCAUCGAUAAACCAAGCAAUGUCACAGAAUAACGAAUACAUCCAAGCUAUUUUGAAAACUGAAAAGCCUACGGUUAAUCGAGAUGUAGAAGUUGAAGUAAAUUCUACAACGCCAUUGAAAUAUAUCAAUUAUGAGAUAUUCGGACGCGGCGAUAUACUGGAUGCAGGUUCUAUAUUUGUUCAAAAUAAACAUGCGACAAGCUUUAAGUUUUUAGCAACAUACGUUAUGGCACCUACCGCACAUAUAAUUAUAUAUUAUAUAGGAGACGAUGGAGAAGUUAUUGCAGACGCCUUAGAUGUAGAACUAGAAGGAGUGCUUCAAAAUUUUGUUGAUAUUAAAAUGACAUCUGAAGAAGUUGCACCGGGAGAUAAUGUCAAUUUAGUUAUUACCUCAAAACCAAAUUCAUACGUUGGAUUAUUAGGUAUAGAUCAAAGAUCUAUACUUUUGAAAUCCGGCAAUGAUAUCUCAUACGAACAAGUAUAUAAAGAGCUAAAAUCGUACGAUAAUACUCGUGAAUCACCUUAUGCAGAUUCAGUUUUUGAUCGAUACCUAUGGUAUCCUGGUUCGGCUACAGCAAAAGAUGUUUUUACAAAUUGGAUUACAGAACAACCGGGAAUACUGGAAGGUAGAAUAACAGGCUCAUCUCAUGGGGCAUCCACACUUCGACCAGACCUUGGUCCACCUGUUACGCACAAACUAGCAACAAGACCACCACUGGCAGGUCCUUAUGCCUUCUCUCGCAUCCCACCUCCUGUUUGGAAUAAGCCCCGUGUAUUCCUAAUGCAUGACAUCUUAAACACUUGGCUUUUUACAAACUUCUCUGCAGGAUACGAGGGAAAAAAUGAGCUGAAGAGAAACGUGCCUGAUUCAAUUACAUCAUGGGUGCUCACUGCAUUUUCUGUAAAUGACGUACAUGGAUUAGGUCUUAUAGAAGAGCCGCGAAAGGUGAUACGAAAUGCUUACCUAAAAGUUUUUAGACCAUUUUUUAUUUCCAUGGAUCUUCCUUACUCUGUAAUUCGAGGAGAGAUCGUUGCAAUCCAGAUUGUGGUAUUUAAUUAUAUGAACAAAAAUGUUGUGGCUGAAGUUUUGUUAACAAACGAGGGUCAGUUUGAUUUCGCAGAAAUGUCCAACGAAGUCCAGGAUGUACCAAAAUUAGAAUUGUAUCGUAAGAAGAAAGUGGAAGUGAAAGCUAAUUCUGGAAGUAGUAUCUCCUUCAUGAUUGUUCCACGAGAAUUGGGAUAUGUAACGAUUAAGGCAACCGCAAAUAGCGUACUAGCUGGAGAUAGUGUGGAACGUAAACUACUUGUUAAAGCUGAAGGAGAAACGCAAUAUAUGAACAAAGCUACUUUUAUAGAUCUCAGAAGCACAACAAACACAUCGAUGAACGUUGCAAUUGAUAUACCAAAAAAUGCGGUACCAGGUUCAGAACACAUUGAAAUAUCUGCAGUAGGAGAUAUAUUGGGUCCAAGUAUUUUGAAUGUGGCAAAUUUAAUUAAAAUGCCAUCAGGUUGCGGCGAACAAAAUAUGUUGAAAUUUGUUCCAAAUAUAAUGAUAUUAAAUUAUCUUAAAAACACAAAUCAAUUGACACAAGCGGUAGAAAGCAAGGCUCUUCGAUAUACAGAAAUAGGCUAUCAAAGAGAAUUAACUUACAGGCAUAAUGAUGGAUCAUUUAGUGCAUUUGGCAUGUCAGAUAGCAAUGGAAGUACAUGGCUUACCGCUUUCGUGGCAAAAGCUUUCAAACAAGCUGCUGCAUAUAUCCCAAUCGAAGACAGAAUGAUAGAUGAAGCUUUGCAAUGGUUAUCAAAUAAUCAAGCUCCUAAUGGAAGUUUUCCCGAAGUAGGAAGAGUUAGUCAUCGAGACAUGCAAGGUGGUGCUGCGAAAGGUCUUGCGUUGACAGCGUUCACUCUUAUUGCUUUUCUCGAAAAUGCAGAUUCUAAUGGAAAAUAUAGAAACACCAUAAAUAAAGGAAUUGAUUACAUCGUCCGUAAUAUGAACGAUCUAGACGAUGUUUAUGCUUUGAGUAUAUGCGUAUAUGUUUUAAAUUUGGCAAAACAUCCAUACGAGAUUGCGGCAUUUAAUCUGUUAGAAUCUAAAGCCACGACCAAGAAAGAUACUAAAUGGUGGAGCAAACCUGUACCAGAAAACGAUAAAAAUCCGUGGUAUCAUUCUCUACCACGAUCUGUCGACGUUGAAAUGACAUCCUAUGCUUUGUUAACUUAUCUAAGGCGUAAUUUAGUCGCUGAUUCGAUACCUAUAAUGAAAUGGCUUGUAAAACAAAGAAAUGCUGAAGGUGGUUUCGCAUCCACACAGGAUACCGUAAUUGGGAUACAAGCUUUGGCGAAUUUGGGUGAAAAGUUAAUAACAAAAACCAAUGCCAUUUCUAUAACAUUCAUGUACGAAGGAGGUGAACAAAGUGAAAUAAAUAUAAAUACUGAUAAUUCCAUGAUACUUCAAAAACAAGUGCUUCCGAAGAAAACACGCUUAAUUAAUAUAACAGCUACUGGAAAUGGAUUUGCUCUAGUUCAAGUUACGUACAAGUACAAUCUAAAUGUAACUGGAGCGUGGCCGCUGUUCACUUUGGAUCCUCAAGUAGAUAAAAAUUCCAAUGCUAAUCAUUUGCAACUUUCGAUCUGUUCCGGAUUUGUUCCAACCAAGGAAGCGAAUGUAAGCAAUAUGGUUGUGAUGGAAGUUACUUUGCCUUCUGGUUUUACUGUAGAUAAGGAAUCAUUACCUAGUCUCGAAGUAUCACAGAACGUGAAACGAGUGGAAACUAAGAACGGAGACACGGUCGUGAUGCUAUAUUUUGACGAGAUGAAUAGACAAGAAUACUGUCCUACGGUAUCCGCAUUCAGAACGCAUAAAGUGGCGAAACAAAAACCAGUACCAGUUACUAUAUACGAUUAUUACGAUUCGUGUAAAGCAAGAGUAUUUUAUGAACCACGAAAAUCUACACUUUGUGAUAUAUGCGAGAACGAAGAUUGUGAAAAUUUAUGUGUAUCACAACCUGAUAAACAAAAGGAUUUCUCCCAAUCUGCUGCUUCGUGUUUGUCAAAUUGUAUAUAUCUUCGCUCGCUUUUCAUUUUGUUUUAUACUACAUAUACGCUUUGGAUAUUUGCUUAG